CCAGAGGGGUGAUAUGAAAAUGAGCAGGAAGAAAAAGGGGAAGUAAAGCAGAGCUGAUUCCUCUCUGUGGGUGUGUUUGAGUUUCUUGCAUCACAAACUAACACACAUUAAAUGACAGUCAAGCAACUGAGGCAAAGGUUCAUGCUACUACUUCAAGCCUGAGCAUCUGCAAAUUGAAAGUCUGCAAACUUUGACUGGUCCUUGGCUUUUUUUGAAUGUCUGGGUAAGUGAAAAUUUGAAAGUAUUUUCUAUUAUUUGUUUAUUUACAGCUUAUGGAUUAAAAAAGGUGAUGAGUGACAUGUGGAUCAAUGGAAAAAAAUGACUUUACAGCUGUAAAUAUUUUUUCUUUUAUGGUAAAUACAGAGCAUACCUGUCACAAAAUUAAAACUUAAAAUUUAACUUAUAGUGACACUGGGUUCUAACAUGAAACUGCUUCUAGAUGUUACAUACUGCUACAUAAAUACAGCCCGUUUACCACAUCUUGCUUCACCAGAGCGUCUUAGACAAAUGGAUAAUUAUAGCUUCAUGUGGUUAGGCUCCAUGUGGUUAAAUUGAUAAACUAUGCAUGAAAAAAAAAAAAUGAAAAUCAGUUUUUAAGUUAUUCAGCCAGCACUUUUACAAGAAGUUUAGGGAACUCUUUUUUAGACACAUUACAGGAACUUUGUGUGUUCUAAAAACUGACCCCUACAGGACACCACAGUUCGACAAAUAUAAGCAGUGUUUUACAUGUGUGGGAGUCCCUUUCAAGUGGUUAGUUAUACUCUCUGAGUAAGAUCUUGUCGCUCGCUUGGUCUUACACUGUCACAUACACAUGUUCUUGCACUAUCACUUAUCAGUCAGGAAACAUUAAGGAGGACAGCAUCAUGGCAGGUUCCUGUUAAAAGAAAAUUGCAUACUUAUGUUUGCUGUGUCAUACCAAACGGACAUUGCACAACAUAAUUCAUCAGUUUAUUGACUCAUUUUGAACUGUGUGAUUAUGCUGGGUUUGUAAAGUAGUUUGCAAGAUUUUAAGAUGCAUUACUUUUGAUUUAAAUUAGUUUAACAUAUUACAUAAUUGGCAUUUUUUUAAAAAGAUGCAUUCCAGCUAUUAUUGAAGUUUGAGGUGCUGAGAAGUUGUUUUUGUUAAUCUCAUUUUGUAACAGAUAAAGUCAAAUAAGAAGCAAAAAGGAUUUCACAACCAAAGAUUUGACUAGAAACUGCAAGGCUAUACCUGUAAAACUAAAAGAAACUGCCUUUAAAAUGUAAAAAAAUAUGUGUUAUAUUGUGCAGAAACAGGGUGGAAAUCUGCAAGAUCUAAAAAAGCCUGAAGCGCACAUAGUCUUCAGCACAGAAGUCCUAAAGUGAUACAGCUAAUGAAGAAAAGAUAAUGUUAGGUUUGAGAGCUGCAGUGCUCUGAGUUCUUCUGUCUUCAUGUUGCAGUACAACACUGAUGCAACUUCCCUAUGAGUUUGUCUGCGUCAGCCACCGUGAGUCAACUCCCCUAAAAAAAGACAAAAAAUAUCUAUACUUUGUAUGUAGGGAAACAUAGAUGUACAGUUUCAGUCAAUAAGGAGGAACAGAGAUGAGCUUGUGCAUCUGGGUUUCGAUUGCUCGCCUCAAUUAAAGGUAAUUAUGUCAGAAUACAUAAACCCUAACCCUUCAAAUGAGGAAUGAACAAACAAUGUUUGCUGGAAUAGGGAACAAUGCCUUCUGUUCAUGCAAGCACCGACAAAACUAUAGGUAUCAUCAGUCUAGUGUGAAGAAAUGUCUCACUCCUGGUUGACGGCAGGGAGUGACAGAAGCUUCUGGUAGUGUCACAGUUACGGUUCAGAUGAUAGAAGGAAGUGCUGUGGGGCUGAAAAUAGGCUGAGCACAAGUGCUAACACAGUUUGACAGAAACUCACAGACUAUGAGCACUCAGCUGUAAAAAGGGUGAGUUUGAGAAUCCAAUGAUAUAAUGUUUCAGGUCACUUGACCUUUGUUGCACUUGUACUUUUGUCGUAUUUUAGAAGAGAAAGUGCUCUUUGCACCUUAAUGGGUCAUUCAGGUUGAAAAUACAGUGUGUAUUUCUCUAAAAGUAUUGGUUUUAUGUGAUCUAACUGUAUCUCUGAAUUUAUCAGUUCAGUUUGACCUGGUUUUAAUUUUCCUAUGAGUAAGAAGGCCUAAACACAGGCCAGUGACAUGUUUGUUGACAUUAAAUUGAGAUAAAAGCAGUGUCCUUUUUAAAAUAUUAUUAGUAUUAAAGAGGAUUUGCUUUCCUUCGUAUAUUUUCAUAUUAUUCUUACAGUUACAGUUGAGGGGGUCCUCUAUCAAACAUCAGAGCUACUUUGCCCCACUCUGCUCUCAUCUGAUAACUUCGGCCUGUCUUUGAGAUGCAUGUUUGUAUUUGGCACAGCUGGUCAGCAGGUGUUAAAGAUGAAGCACAGUAAUAGCCAUGAACUAAGAUAUGACUGCCCUUUUGUCAGCCUGCUUGAUCUUAUGAUGUAGGUUAAACGUAACGCUGUGAGUGUGAAGGCUUGCUCUCAUCAGCGAUAUGAAACUGUGAUUUCAGAGGGUUUUCGUGUGAACUCGUGACACUAACUGGUUGUUUCUUUUUCAGUGGAGACACAGGAAUUAUUCAGAUAGUAUCAUAAAUUCUGAUGGAUUUGAAUAUAUGUUUCUAUGGAAUGUAAGAGCUGGUUGUAGGGCAGCUGCUUUGAAUAUCCAGUCUAUUACUUCUGUUCUUGUGUUAAGCAUAUUUCUGUGUAAUUCUUUUGAAUGUCACUGAUGGACAUUAUUUUGCAGUUGCACGUAAUCAACCACACCCUAUAUGUAUAGAAUUAUAAAUAGAGCCUUGUUUGUUUGAUGGUUCAUUGUUUAAUUUAAGUCCAAAUUUAUUUUGGUCAAGUACAAGAUAUUUAAUUUGAAAAUCAAACAUUUAAAUAUGUUAAAUCAGCAUAAAAUUGUUCUGGUUUUGCUUUGCUAAAAAAUGCUCUUAGGUUUCUAAAAGUAGUAAUGUGUGUACAUUUGUGUCUACCAGUCAAUCAAACACAUCAGGCACCAUGACAAAAGUGGGGAUAAGAUUGAUUCAAACAACUUCUUGCACCAAAAUGAUCCCAGAAAUAUUUAAUGGCAUUAGAGUUUAUAGUAGACAUACAGGAGUUUUAGAGGAUGUAUUCAUCCAUAUCUGCUUUCACAGCUUCCCAUCAUAAACAUAUAUGGUGCACAGAGCUGAUAUGAGCUGAUAUGAUGAUGGUCAGGUGGGGAAUUGUAGACACAGAGGAUAAGGCUGUCAGUAAAAGCAGGCUCAUGCAAACUACAGCUAAUCACACGGUGAUGUGUGAAAGUUCUCAUGCCGCCUCAUCUCUGUCCUUAUCUCUCCUCCUAUAGCAGCUACAGUAGUAUUUCUCUCCAUCUACGAAGAGUGGCACAUGCAAACUUACAUUAAGUUUAAAUAAACUUUUCAACUGGAUUGCAGACUUCAAAUAAUAAGGGUGAAGAGCCACAUGAAACAAGAGUUCUAGUUAAGCCAUUGAUGAGGGGUGAGCCAGUCACACUUCUCAACAAAAUAACUGACGCCUGAGCCAAGGCGCGUAUUUCUAGCUUUUCGGCUGCAAAGGAAGAAGCCAAGUGUUGUGCCUCUGUAUUGUGCUGCUAAAAAUCUAUAUUCUAUCUUUGAUUUUUAUCUUUUCUUUCCUGUAGACUAAUCCUGACUGAAUCAUGUCGGAGAGUAUAAUGGAAGAAAUCUUCAUUAAACGCUCUCAGCAAAAGAAGAAAACCUCACCCUUGAAUUACAAAGAGAGAUGGUUUGUUCUCACCCAGGAGAAAAUAGCCUACUAUGAUUUUGAUCCUGAAAAAGGGGUAUGUAUGUAUGUAUGUAUGUAUAUAAUGACUAAAAGUAAUGCUUUCACCAGAAUGUUUUCUACCUUUCACUUUAAAGCUACAUUUGUCGGUCAUUACUUGAGCUGUUUCCUCAUCUGUUAAGCAGAAGCGAAAAGGUCUGAGAGGAUCAGUUGACCUUGAGAAGAUCAAGUGUGUUGAGACUGUUCAGCCAGAGCCCAACGCCCCACAAGAGCGCACGUAUGCAUUCCAGGUAGACAUAUUUAAUCAAUAUACUGGAUAAAACCACCCAAAGACAUAUACAGAUGUUACAGAAAAAGCUGCGACAAAAGUGUUUUAUUUCAAGCAAAAAGGUUUUUCUUUCACUCUGGGAUGAAUGAGGUGAUCAAACUUAAUGAUAAAAUGAGACUCGUGAUCUCACACAAGCUAUUACAGAUAAUAAAAAAGGCACUCACAACACAGAUUUGAUCAGAUCCAUUCUCCUACUGUUGAUAAAUGUGAAAGUUCAGUGUCAAGAAGUGAAACCAUCUCUUAUCCUCAAGUAAACCAGGGGCUUUCAGUGACCCUGCAGCUGUUAUCUUUGCAAAUGUGUAACCUCACAUGACGAGGUGGUGUGAAAAAGGUGUUUACCUGUAAUUGAAAGCCCCUAAAAUUUACAUUAUAGGAGUUUCUGUCCAGGUCUACUUUGAAUAUGAUGGCACACUAGCACUCAGUUUUGUUGCUCUUAACUCUGUCUUUUCUGGUGAUGCAGAAAAUAUCUUUUAAUCAUUGUGAACGGUGCAAAACGUCUGAUUGUUUUUUUGUGUGUUUGUGUGUAUUUCCACUUUGGUUAUAGAUCGUUUAUGAUGAGGGGCCGCUGUAUGUCUAUGCAAAGAAUGAGGAUGUCCGGGAUCAGUGGAUAAAAAAGCUGAAAGAAAGUCAGUAUAUGCAUAUAACUAAGUCCACACACCUGCAUGUUACUGUGUCUUGUCAGACUUAAAAUCUUAUAAUCUCUGAAUCUGUAAUAUUUGACGUUAUCAUAAUGUCGCCCAGAAAGAGUUGGUGUCAAUGCAAAUGCCAGGCUUGAUUCAAUGUAAAUGUUCUGCGUAUGUGCUUGUCUGUCUGUGUGUGUGUGUGUGUGUGUGUGUGUGUGUCAAUGCACAAAGUGGUGCGCUUCAACAAGGACCUCAUGCAGAAGUAUCAUCCUUGUUCCUGGAUGGAUGGGUUGUGGCUGUGCUGCCAUCAGGAAGUCAAACAAGCCAUGGGCUGCAAAGUGCUGGAUAACAAAAACGGUGAGGGUUCCUUUAGUUUGAAGUCGACAACUUCAAACUAUAACUCUCGUUCACUUUAAAUUCAUCACUCGAAUAAUGUCAUCAACAGGCUUUACAUCCAAACAAUCCCGGCGAAGAGGAUCCAGGAAACCUCUUCCUCCUACGCCAACAGAGGUACAUGCAUUGCCCCUUUAAAUCAUUAUUAUCAAGUGUGUUUUUGAAAUAAUUCAUACAAUAACCCUGCAUAUUGUUGCAGGAAAAGCCCAGUCGGCCCUUACCUCCACAGCCGCCAGAACCGGCGGGCCCCUCUGUGGGUAUGACUGUCAUAGCAGAGUAUAACUACACACCCAUGACGCCUCAAGACCUGGAGCUGAGAAAGGACGAAGAGUACACCAUCCUGGAGAUGUCUGAUGCCAACUGGUGGAGAGCACAGGACAAAUAUGGGUGAGUUAGACAACCACAAACAACUUAUUCAACCUGAAACAAAAAAUCCAUGAUGGUUAAAACUCUGAUUCUACUGAUUAUCUUAUAAAUUUGAGUACCAAGGACACGUACAUUAAUGGUGUUUGCAGCCAUGAUUGCAGUAUGAAUAACUUAAUACAUUUAAAAGGCUCAUGCAAUCUUUCCUAUGCACCAUCCCUAUAAGCUGUUAGCUUAUGUUUAACAUCGGUUUGAAUUCUUUUUCAGCAAUGAAGGAUAUAUACCAAGUAAUUAUGUUGUGGAAGCAGAGAGUGGCCUCGAGAGAUUUGAGUGAGUAUUAGUUUUAAUUCAGCUUCUAAAUGGGGCAAUUGGUGUUUAAUAAGUGGUUUUAUUUCGAGUUUGCAGUGGAGUUCCUUGUUUGUGUAAAAUGUAACUUUGAUAUUGAAGGCAGAAAUUUCUGUUUACAGCUGGUACUGCAAGAAUAUGAAUCGUAGUCAAGCGGAAAAGCAGUUAAGAACCGAGGUAAACUCCAUGACUUCUGCACAGCUAUAGCACUAUAACUUUUGACAUAUUUCAGCAGCUAGAAAUAAGGAAGAGCUAAAAAAAAAACUAAUUUAAUAUGCUUGUGCAUCACUCCCCAGAACAAAGAUGGAGGCUUCUUGGUGCGCGACUCAAGCAAGGCCGGGAAAUACACAGUGUCUUUGUUCAGUAAGGGUGGAGGGUGAGUAAGCUCAGUGGUGUUAAACACCACACUGUGGUGUACCAUUUACAGUAUAUCCUCUAUCCGCUGGCUCCAGUCAUGUGUGAACGUAUGAAAAGCAGAACUGUUUGUAAUGAAAGCGGAAACAGUGGGCCACAGUGGGAGAAAGAUGUAAAUUAUCAUGCAAAACAUGGACUAAUCUGCCUGCAGGAGUUUUUUAUGGCAGAGCUCUGGGACUGAGCUGUAUUGUGGAUGAUCCUGAGGAGAUAUAACCUGCUUAUGCAUAGGUGGUGAAAGAUAGCUUCCUGUGUUGACGAAUCACUUAAUCUUUUUUAAGUCACUCUUCAUACUGUCUCUACAGGGAAACUGGAGGAAGCUGCAGACAUUACAACAUCUGUACCACCGCACAGGGACAGUUUUACCUGGCAGAGAAGCAUAAUUUCAGCAGCAUCCCAGAGCUCAUCAACUAUCACCAGCACAACGCAGCAGGUUAAUCCAGCAGCUGAUAUUAAAUAGAAGACUUAUGAAGUGAUUUUAUUGGAUUUGAACACUCUGCCAUGCAAAAAGAAACUGAUUAUGAAGAAAACAGCAAACACAAGCACAUAAAACCUGUUAGCUUUAAAGGUAAUAUUGGUUUUUUUUCAUCACCCUCUGUAGGCAUGGUUAGCAGGCUGAAAUACAUUGUCACCAACCGGCCACGGCCCCCAUCAACAGCAGGUCUGGGCUAUGGUAAGAGUAUUUUAAUAUGACUGCUACCUCUGGACACAGAGCUAAGAUACACCUGCCUUUUUGCUUGUUUUUAAGAAAAAAACACCUUUGUUUCAUUUUCUGUUGAAGAAGUACAACAUAAGUUUAAAAAGAAAAAGUUAGUUAGUUCAGCAGCUUGGUAUGCUAAUAAUGGGCACAGUCUGAUUAGCUGUCUCCAUCAGCUCAAAUGGCUGCUUCUCAGAGCUCCACAUAUGACACUGAGACACUCAAACCUAACUCUCUGCAAGAAAACAAAAUGACAUUUUCUGCUUGUUGAUGUUUCCUCCAGGUGUUUGGGAGAUAGAUCCCCAUCACCUGACCUUCAUCAAGGAGCUCGGCACCGGUCAGUUUGGAGUGGUCAAGUACGGAAAGUGGCAGGGCCAGCAUGAUGUCGCUAUCAAAAUGAUCAAAGAGGGCUCAAUGUCUGAAGAUGACUUCAUAGAAGAAGCCAAAAUCAUGAUGUAAGAAAAAAACACGAGUUUAUGUGUGUGAGUUUAAACUAACUUGUACUUUUCUGCCAUAGAGAUGUUAUGACAGACUUAAUGACGGUCACCAUUAGAAUUGAUGUGUCACGCUGAAACUUCUGUGACGAUAGCCAAUGCCUAAUAUUCACAAUAACUUCCCUCUAAUUUCGCUCAAACCAGGAAGCUUCGUCACGAGAACCUGGUCCAGCUCUAUGGCGUGUGCACCAAACAAAGACCUAUUUAUAUAGUGACUGAGUUUCUUUCCAAUGGCUGCCUGCUGACGUACCUCAGGGAGGGCCUGAAGCAACAUCCUACGGCUGUCCAGCUCCUCGAGAUGUGUAAAGACGUCUCAGAGGGCAUGGCCUACCUCGAGUCACAGCAGUACAUCCAUCGAGACCUUGUGAGAGAUUUAAACUAUAAUAUGAGCAACUGCAAAAACAUAUCCAUGUAAAAUUUUAAUCACAAUAAUACACCUUGGGAUGAAGUAUUUAAAAAAAACACCAUACAUGAGUAAUGUUCAUUUUCCCCAGGCUGCCAGGAACUGUUUAGUCGAUGGUAACGGCACCAUCAAGGUGACUGACUUUGGCCUGUCAAGGUAAAACACAACAUUUAGCGGCAGGACAAGGCAAAACACACAAGUACUAAAACUGUAGAAAACGAUUAUCCUUUUUUGCUUCUUUGGCUGUUAAUGACAGCAGAUAACUUUUUAAAUCAGUAAAGUUACAUUCUUUGUACUAAAUUUGUCUUUAUUUAAGAUUUUAACUCCUGGUUUUACUACAAAAGUGUUGAAUCUUGUUACUCCAUUACAUUAACAUUACAAAGUAAGUUCCCUCCUACUAUGGCCUUUAAUUAUGUACAGAAAAAGAUGGUCUGAAAUAUAGAAAUGCAUAAACCUACUACAACUAGCUCAACCUAAUUCAACUGAACACUUCUAAUUGAUGCAGAAGUAUGAAAUAUCCCAUUACAUGUUGGUUGAUAAUGUUACACUCCCACUAGACUACCUCUAUUUAUUUCAAAAUACAUUUACUUUUUGGGAAUACAUAAAUCUUAGUAUUUAAACAGUUUUAUCAUGUGUCCAUUGACAGUUUGUGUUAAAUAUUCAGUAUCAAUAUUCUUUUUACCACACCACAGGUAUGUUUUAGAUGAUGAGUACACAAGCUCAGCAGGUUCCAAGUUUCCUGUUCGCUGGUCACCUCCUGAAGUCCUCCUCUACUGCAAGUUCAGCAGCAAGUCAGACAUUUGGGCAUACGGUGAGUAAACCUAGUGUAUGUGUACAAUAGUGUGUGUUUUGGAACCUAAAGGCCUCUAGUUACUCUAGAUUCAGAUCUGUGUUAAAGUUUCACAGAGGUUCAUCUGUUUCUGUAAAUACACAGGGGUUCUUAUGUGGGAAGUGUACACUCUGGGUCGUCUUCCGUAUGAGCGCCUCAACAACACAGAAAUAGUGGAUCAGGUGUCCAGAGGCCAUCGCCUCUACCGCCCCCAGCUGGCCAACGAAAGGGUCUACAGCAUUAUGACAAGAUGCUGGCUUGAGGUAAAUAUAUAUUGUUUUGUAAGUACUGAACCAGAAUAUUCUGAAUGCUAAAUUCACAGGUUCUCUUUGUUCUAUUUUUUCAGAAAGCUGAUGAGAGGCCAGCCUUUGAGGAGUUGGCUGUUACUGUUCAAGAUUUGUUGUAUGAGUUACAAUAGACUUCAAAAUAAACCAUGGACUCACAAAGUUAUACCCUGUUUGGCUUGAGCAUAAAAUGCAGAGUCACUCUGAGGUCUUCUGUAAUGUAAAUAUACAUAAAGUGAGAGUCACUUUAGCUCACUGGUUGUGAUAGCUCUCCAACAACACUGUUCUGGGUAUAACACCUCAUCUAAGAUGUGUAUAUUUUAUUGAAAGUUAUUGCAUUAAAAUAAAUUGUGUUUGUCUUCA